AUAAUGCGAAGUGCGACAUGGCGGUUAUUCGGGAUAUCGAUAAAGCAUUAUUUCCUAUAAAAACUAUAAAUACUGUUGUGAAAUUGUUUACAAGUCAACUGGAAGGAUGUAGCGAGCCCGAUUUAGCCCUAUUAUCAAUCGUUACCGGCUUAAUCGAAAAUCAACUGACAAGCCGGUCGAACGCCGUUCAACUUCCAGAUUCGCCGGAAACAAACGUUUUACCACGAUUCGAACUGGAAACUGUGGAAAAUUUGUACAACAAAUUUCAUCUAGUUAUCACAAGUUCUGUGGAAACUAAUAAAACCAAAGCCUACGCUACAAGGGAUCUGGUGAAAAGAGUCUCAGAUGUGAUAUGGAAUAGUCUGACAAGAAGUUAUUAUAAAGAUAGACCUCAUCUACAAAGUCUUUAUAGCUACCUCACUGGCAGUAAAUUGGAUUGUUUUGGUGUUGCCUUUGCCGUUGUUGCUGGAUGCCAAGUAUUGGGAUACAGUGACGUACAUUUAGCAUUAUCUGAAGAUCAUGCUUGGGUUGUAUUUGGUCCUAAUGGCUCAGAAAAUGCCGAGAUAACUUGGCAUGGUAAAGGGAAUGAAGACAAGAGAGGACAAGAAAUAGGUAAAGGUGUCUCAGCUCGAUCUUGGCUCUAUGUUAAUAAUAAACCUGUGAUUUGUACAAGACAUAUGGAAGUUGCAGCAUUGGUUUCUGCAAUAAACCCAGCUUUAAAUGCAAAUGUUGAUGCUUCGGAAGUAGCCAUGCUUCAACAAGAGUUACUUUGGUUACUUUAUGACUUAGGACAUCUUAAAAAGUAUCCUAUGGCUAUAGGAAAUCUCGGUGACUUAGAGGAAAUUUCUCCAAAACGUUCAGAUAUUCCUUGUAGUAGUUUAUUUGAGGAAGCUAUAGAAUCAGCCAGAAAAUACUACAACAAUCAACAUGUAUAUCCAUACACUUAUCAAGGGGGCUAUUACUACCGCAACAACAUGUACAAAGAAGCAUUUGAAAGUUGGGCAAAUGCCAGUGAUGUAAUAAGACUAUACAAUUACUCUAGAGAUGAUGAAGAAAUUUACAAAGAAUUUCUCGAAAUAGCUAACGAGUUAAUCCCCCAAAUAAUGAAAGCUGAAAGUUCUGGUUUUGAGGCAAACACAAUCUUAAAAAAACCUCAGUGCUUUGCUAAUCUGUUAAAAUUUUAUGACGGUAUAUGUCAGUGGGAAGAGGGUAGUGCUACUCCGGUCCUUCACAUUGGCUGGGCCAAACCUUUGGUUAAUACAAUAUCAAAGUUUGAUUCUGAUGUCCGAGCCCAAGUCAACAUUGUGUGUGAUGAAGAAAAAUUGAUGAAAAAGAAUGGGUCUUAUUUUAACAAUAACAAUAAUAAUUACGAGAAGGAAAAUACAACUGUGAUACCAAAGUUGAAUGUUAAAGAGCAGUCGACCUCAAAUUUCCAUCCUACAAUUGAAGCCUUAACUGCAGCUUGUUCGGAGAAAAUUUUGAAUCCUGAAUACUUGCUUCAAGGAGAUGGGUCUCCAUUUGUUGGAGUCGAAACAUCUCUAUUGGAAAAUGUCACCUGUGACGUGAAGCAAGAAACUUUCGGCGGAGAAUAUACAAUACCGAUACAAAAGAAGGAAGAAGAGAAGGAAAAUGGUAAGCCAGGACCGUCCAAGCCCACAGAACAUUUAGUUCUAAAGGAAGAAGAAAAUGAAGAGAACGAACUGAGGUUGAAGAAGCCUACGGUUGUGUUGCAUAGUCAGAAGAUGAAAGAAUUGAAGGAUCUCCUUCUUGCUGAAAAAUUAAAUACUCACGCCAUUUCGUUACAUCUCACUGCACAGUCACAGGUACAAGUGGGUAAAAAAGGAAGAGAAGGGGAUACUUCUGUCCGACCUAAAAGAGCUCGAAGGGAAUAAUCUCAAUAUAUACCCAUAAAACUAUGUACGCUUCAAGGUGAGUACUUACUUAGAGCCCAGGGGCAUUAGGUCACAUAAAGGAUGCAAUACAAUCUCUAAUAAUCAAGUGUAGUGCUUAAGAUUUGAUGUCUACCUGUAUUUCAGAUUGUUAAAUACCAGAUUCUCAUUUACCAAGUUCCCAAGGCCGCCAGACCGUAAUUAUUUUCUCACAAAUACAAUUUAUGAGAUAAUGUGGUAUUUUGGCAAAGAGGAUGAGGCGAAUGAAAUUAGAGAGAAAGUAACAUCCUGCCACAUUAGAGGGAAAAAGUACGUUUUGCGUCACGUGAUCUAUUUUCAGCUGAUAUCUUAACUUAAUGUUCUGUAAGGUCAGCCUAGGGUAUAAAUCGAGAAUAGAGCAACGUUAUCAGUGCUGCACCUUUAACCACAGAUAAUUUAUAAAUACAAAAUAUUUAUUGUGUUAUUUUGAGAACGAAUACCUUCCUCGGUCAUAGAAAUAUUGUUUAACCCAUUAUUAUUAGCAAUUAAUAAUAAUAUACCCUGCUGGUCAUCCAAUUUAUGUUGUCUGGAUUUUAAUGCGAGUGACUGAGAAUAAUAUAAACGACUGGUUGGCAGACAAAGAGACAAAAUCAAAAGCGACAUACAGUGUCUUGUUUGGUUUGGUUUGGUUGUGAAAAUAUAUUAAACACCGUAUGAUUUUAAAAAACGGUGUCCAGUGGUCUUGAAAAUGACGAUCGAUGACAUUCCCUAAUAUGCCUAGUCUUUGCAAAAUGCUGAAUUAUUUGAUACGCCUGCGCGAUUUACAUUUCAAAACAAGAGCUAUGUUAAGAUACUAUAGGCAUAUAUAAGUAUAUAAUUAUGUAUGUUGAAAUGACCUAAAAAUAUAUUCAAUUUAUAGGUAAUAUCGAGCAAUUUUAUUAUUAAACGUGGCAACAUCGAUUUUUUUGCUCGAAUUCCUGUUGCUGUUGUAGAUCCAUUUGUUAGAUAAUACAUUAUCCCAUACAUUACCAUUUGUGAUCUCGCGGCCCUGGGAUCUUGCUCUAUUAGAAUAUUUUUAAACAAAUUUAUUUUUUUAAUAUCUUUGACGAUUUUGUGUAGAAGACUAAUGGACAUACAUCAUUUUUCUGCAUUACAAGUUGUAGUUGAUUAUACUUGCCAUUCUUAUCCCAUAUGUUAGAUGUUUUUAAUUAUUAUAACCAGUAUUAGCAUUGCAAUGCAAAGAACUGAUGUUGAAAUUUUAUUUUUAAGACUUCUUACGUCACUUUUGCUGCACCAAUAGAAAAUUACACUACAUUGUGUAAUGGAUUUAAGAGCUAUGAGCUCAUUUAAGUGAUACAAAUUUUUAUUUUAUAGGUUUAAUUUAAUGUUUAGGUUUUAGGUCCCAAUUGCACAUAUAGUUGAUUUUUUCUAGUAAAUCCCUGAGAAUAUUCUGUAGUUUUUCUAGUUUUAUAUUCCUUAAAUUGAAAAAGGUGUGAAACUAAACUUCUAUACAGGAUAUUGCUAUAAAAUUUGCAACAAUGAGAUUUUUUUAUUAUUGAGUUGUUGAAAAUAAUUUUAUGUGGAGUUACUUCAGCAUAGCCAAUUAAAAAAUUGACGUACGUUAUAUGACAACUGUCAUGGUGAUAAACUACAAAAGUCCUUUUUAGACAAACAAGAAGUAGGUUGGAAUCAUAUACGUAUCAAAUCUAUACGGAUCAUCGCCUAUCCCUGCAAUGUGUUGGAGUUGAAGCCGAGUUAGAGACAACUAGAUAACCGGUCCAUGUAUAUUUCACAUAAUUUCGUCUGUUAGAAAAACGCUGGCGCAAUAGCGCAACUCCAAAAUUCCGAAUAUCGAUUAGUUUUAGCUUGGCCUUGUGGAACGCGUGGUCGAACGGGAGCGCAAACACGAUCCUCAUUUCUGUGCCUCAUUUCUUAUUCAACUGUUUUUGUGUUCGCAUCGCGAACGAAGCGCGAACGAAAGCCGUACGAAGCUGUACGAAUGAAUAGCUUAUGCUCUGAUUGGUUUAGUUAUCCGAUCGAUAAUUAAAAAUUCACGCUUGCGCGCAACGCUUGUGCUCCACUAACUGAGCAAAGAUUUAUAUACCCAUUUCACCGGCUCGGCUUCACAGAAUGCAGUUUGGAGUCAAUAUACGUUAGUUAAUAUAUAUAUAUAUGGUUGGAAUAUAUCAAGAAAUUGUCAAAGAAAAAAAUUGCGUAUAUUUUUUCGCUAAAUUGGCACAAAACAAAUAAACAUAAAAAUUCAACAAGAAUAAGUUUUAAAUUAUUUUCUAUUUACAGUCGUAUUUUAAAAUACCAAAUUUAAUAACUUAGUAAAAAAAAGCAACUAACCUAACCUUUUUUAUGUCAAAUUUAUUCCUAAACAACUUUUUCGUUUUUGAUAUUUUGUUACUUAACCCUAGGUUUAGGUUAUUAAUGCUGAAGAAAUUCUGUAUAACCUUUUUUUUUCAGUAACUCUAUUAUAAAGACAUCCCACUUGUUGCGAACUUUUUGGCACACCCCUUAUGAAGACACAGUUUAUAUUAUAACCUUGCGGCUAGGUUAUAUCAAUUUUUAUUUUAUUUUAAAUGGCUUUAACCAAAUAAUUAACUUACAAAAAUUGUAAAUAUUUCUAUUCUUUUUAGUUUUUAUUUUUUCCACGAAAAAAUGUUUUAAUUUUUCAAAAGUUUGACACACCAAGUUAAAAGGUUCAUCACUGACCGGCAUGUACCUACUGAUUUAUUUCACAAUUUGCAAACCUUUAUAUUCGUUUUACUUAUUAAAUUUGAACGUAUCAAAAUUCGAAGAUAUUUCUCAGUGACUUUACUAGUAAAAUACUAAAUAUUGCUUAAGCUUUUUGGCACAUAAAACAUGUUCGCCACUAUAUGUAUAUAUGGAGGACGGGAGGAUGAAAAUCAUUUACCCAUUAAACUUAGGUUUACGCUCGUUGACAUUCCCUUAUUUGUGAUUAGAUCACAUAAUUUAAUUUGACAUUGUUGAUCGUUUUUGUUGUAUAUAAUAAGUUUUUAAACCGUUUUACACGCAUUUUAUGUCGAAACUAUUUCUUUGUAUAUUUUAAUUUAUUUUAUUAUUUACUUUUUACACUUUAGUAUAAUUUACAUCACCUUGUAGUUUUUUCAUUAUGUUAGAAUUUUUAAAAACUAGUAAAUGGGCAAAUAUUAGUAGCAAUAAACAGUUUCAGUGCUGUGGUAAUAACAUAUAAAUACUCCUAUGAGACUAGUAUAUAAUAAUACAUAAAGCAAUUCGCCCGCCAAGACAAUGAAAUAGAAAACCGUAGAUAGUGGGGAUAUACAUAUGGGAGAUAAACCUACUAUCUUCUCAUCACCAUUGUAUAUCGCAAUAUAUUGUGCGUUUUUAUGGAUGUUUUGCCAGUAGUAUUCUAUGUUUUUUUUAACAUUAAUGUUAAUGUUAAACGGCCCGAUACAUAACAAUAACGAGUUAUCGUUAUUGUUAUUGUUAGAUAAAUAACAAUAACAAUGUUAGAUACAUAACAAUAACGAUUUAUCGUUAUUGUUAUGUAUCGGGCCAUACUUGCCUAAAAACACAAUUAAAAUUAAUAAAAUAUCCUGGCAACGGCUGCGGCUUGCGGUAGUCUGUUGUAUC